AUGCGGUUGAUUUUGUUGAUGCUCUGUUUCCUUGUCCAAUCAAAGUGUGAAAGCGAUGGAUCCGUAAGUAAUCAUUUUUUUAUUUUGGCAAAAGUUCCUUAUUUUUGCCACAACAAAGGUACUCCGCGAACUGCGCCCAAGCUUGGGCACUAAAGUUAGGAAAAAACGCUUCGACCUAGCUGGCACUGAAUUACUAUAAUAGCUCUAUAGUUUUAAGGGUACCUACGAAGGCUGUGACGACUCAUUUAGUUCCAUACGGAGUCAGUAAGUUUAGUUCCGGACAUGUUUCAUCGUAUAAAGUGUAAAAUCACAGGCUGCAGCCGUUUUUGAAGGAUAAGGUGGCACGUAAAAAAGAAGGUACCUCACUGACUAAAUCCACUGUCCGGGCAUUGACAACGAUAAACUGAGCGUGCACGCUAAAUUUGGGCUAAUUCCGACCAGUUUCCAAGUUAUAAGUUGUGGCCAAAAUAAGGAACUUUUACCUUUAUUUUUUUUUGGCGGAUAGAAUUUUUUGUUGAAAAAAAGAUCGUCGAGGUGCGAGGCUAAGAUUUCGACCAGACUGGGACUACUUACCAUCUGAAAUUGAUCUCUCUUUCAGCUCAGAGAAAAUCGAAUUGCCCGCCACAUAAACGUCGGAAUGAUCCAAAUCGGCCCCAAAAAUGGGAGCAUUCCCUGCGAAAACACCGACGAAUGUGUUCCACGAUGUCCCAUUCGCUAUGCCCAUGCGCACUGUACGAAUCGGGUGUGCCGUUGCAAGGCCAAGUUCGCGGACAUUACGGAGUUCGAAAAGUUUUAUCGUCUGGUGUUUGAGAAGAAGUAUUCGCACGUGUAUAAAGAGUAG